UCGUAUUUUUAAUCGUAAUCAUAAUAUUGUUUGCACCGGAAUGACUCCGGUGCGAUACACGUGUGUGGUACUGGUAAAUUGUUUGUAAAUGUAAAUAUCGUAAUUAUGGCAUCUACAGAAAUAUUAGGUUUUGACCAAGAUGUUCCAAUACCAAAAUCAAGUGAAAAACAUAAAAAGAAGAAGAAAUCACUUGGUGAGAAACAGUGCGAAGAAGAUUAUCUUGUUGCAACAAAUGUUGCUUUUGUAGAGAAGACUGCAGAAUGGCCUCUUUUGUUAAAAAAUAUAGACCGCUUGAAUAUAAAAACAAGUCAUUAUACUCCAAUUGACAGUGGAUCCUCCCCUUUAAAACGACCUAUUAUGCAAUAUAUGGAAUCAGGAUUUAUUAAUUUAGAUAAACCAGCCAAUCCUUCAUCUCAUGAAGUCGUUGCUUGGACAAAACGUAUUCUAGGAGUAUCAAAAACUGGACAUAGUGGAACACUUGAUCCCAAAGUUACUGGAUGUUUAGUUGUCUGUCUUGGAAGAGCAACUCGACUUGUGAAAUCACAACAAGGAGCUGGCAAGGAAUAUAUUUCUGCUUUCAAGUUGCAUAAUACUCCUGAUGAUCCAGUUAAAGUCAAAACAACUUUGGAAGGUAUGAUAGGAGCAUUAUUUCAACGUCCUCCUUUAAUAUCAGCAGUAAAAAGACAGCUUCGUAUCAGAACGAUUUACGAUAUUAAAUUGUUGCAGUUUCAAAAGGAAACUAAUUUAGGCAUUUUCUGGGUCAGUUGUGAAGCUGGCACAUACGUUCGAACUUUAUGUGUUCAUUUGGGUUUGAGUCUUGGCACUGGGGCACAAAUGGUAGAGCUUCGACGAGUACGUUCUGGAAUACAAAGUGAAAAAGAAAAUUUGUAUACUUUGCAUGAUGUUUUGGAUGCCAUGUGGUUAUAUAAAAAUCAUAAGGAUGAGACUUAUCUUCGAAGAGUCAUUCAGCCGCUUGAAGCUCUUUUAGUGACACAUAAAAGAAUAAUCAUGAAAGACUCAGCUGUUAAUGCCAUUUGUUAUGGAGCCAAAGUGAUGUUGCCUGGUGUACUUAGGUAUGAAAAUGGAAUUGAAUUGAAUGAUGAAAUUGUACUUAUGACAAGCAAAGGAGAAGCAAUUGCUUUGGGAAUUGCUUUAAUGACUACUUCCACUAUGUGUACUUGUAAUCAUGGUACAGUUGCUAAACUCAAAAGAGUUGUUAUGGAGCGGGACACAUAUCCACGUAAAUGGGGAUUGGGACCUACGGCAUCUUUAAAAAAGAAAAUGAUUAAGGAAGGUUUGCUAGAUAAAUAUGGCAAUCCAAAUGAAAAAACACCUAUCAACUGGAAGGAAAAGUAUGAAUCUAUUGCUAUAAAGACAGAGUCCAAAUCAGAAAAAACUCUUAAAGUAGAACCUGUGGAGAUAAAAAUGGAAAUUGGUGAAACAAUGGGAGGUGCUGAAAGUGCAGAUUCUAGCAGUGAUGCAGAUGCUCCUAAAAAGAAAAAGCACAAGAAACAUAAGGAAAAACGCUCUUCUGAUGGUGAAGCAGAUGUAAUAGAUGUUGAGGUAUCUCUACCGAAAAAGAAAAAGAAGAAAAAAAAUAAAGAACGAGACCAAGAGGCUGAUGAAUAGUCAUAUGAUUUAAUAGGGACUGCAUCACUUUAUUUUAAUAUUUUGUUUUUCAUGUCAUAAAGAUCAUUACUUGUUAAAAAUACUCCCAUGUUUCUUUGUACAACAAUGUUUCUUUUAAUAAAAAAGAAUGAAAAAUCA